CAAGCUAAUGAACAAAAAAAUAAUCAUUUUCGGCUUUAUUGAAAAAGAAAUGGACGAUAGCGUAAUUGUAAUUAACGAUUCAAUAACAACAAUUGAAAGCGAUGCGGAUGCCGAUGUGGAAGAUGGCGAAGUCACAGAAGCCGACACUGAACACGUUAACAUUGCCGCCAAAUCCCGUCAAUCACCCCCGCCCCCCGUCCCCACAAGGGAAACAAACAACGAACAGGAUGGCAAGGUGAUAUUUGAAGUGCAUUUCCGUGACCGGGACGACUACGAAAGUCUGCACAAGCGUCUGCUCAAAAUGUUAAAUACAACGUUUGCCGAAGAUGAAAUUGUGUUUAAAUUAAGCGAUUCGACGCCAAGCAUUAUUGCCCAUGAAAAGAGCGAAAUUGUUUCACUGCCUGAUGAUGAUCUCUUUUUGAUUGAUACGGCGCCAGCUGUGCGUUUAAAUGCCGCUCAAGUGCCUUCAUACAAGCGCAGCCACGGCGACAUCCUCGACGAGGAGACGUCGGCGCGCAAGAGACAGAAAUUGGAGGCGGUCAACAAAUGCUUCCGGCCCAAGGUGCAAUCAUCGUGCUUCAACUGCGGCGAUACGGAUCAUUCGCUGCGCGAGUGCACGCGACCCCGCAAUCAAGCCCGAAUUCAGCGUGCCCGCAAGCGUUCCAAUUUCCGCGCGGAUCGCUACCACGUAGACACGGAGCAACGAUUCGCCCACAUUCGACCCGGCAAGAUUAGCAGUAAGACACGCCAUGCGAUGGGCUUCAGUCGCGGCGAGUUGCCAUUCAUGUUCUAUCGCAUGCGACUGAUGGGCUACCCACCCGCCUGGCUCGAAGAGGCCAAGGUCCAAAGUUCGGGCAUUGCGCUCUUUAAUGCGGACGGCAGCGAAGUGCAGGGACCGGAGCAGGAGGAGGGCGAAGAGGACAGCUUUAAAUAUGAUAUCAAUAAAAUUAUUGAUUUCCCCGGCUUCAAUGUAGAGCCCGGCAGCAAAUUCUAUGAUGACUAUCAGCAUCACAAUGUACCUCGGUUUCAGGAGCAACAGCUCAAAGCAAACUUCAUCCAGUCGCUGGGUGAAAAUGUGACAAAGGGUUACAAACGCAAGAAACUAAUUGAGUUGCCCACGCCGCAUGAUGCGAAUCCUAUGACGAUUGAACGCGGCUCCAACUUAGUCGAGCACGACAUGGACGUCGAUGAUGGUGAGGAUGAGGCAGCUAUGCAGCCACCCCUGCCCACAGAGUGCAUACAGGCCGCACCGCCACCGCCGCCACCAACGGAAGGAACAGCAAAACGAGCACCAUCUCCGACGCUGGAGGAUCUCAGGGCGCAGCAGGCACAAUUGUUGCAGCAGCUCGAAUCUAACACUUCACUAAACGCAAGUGAAGUCGGCACAGUCGAGGUAACUGCGAACGAUGAAUCCACAAUAGAAACAGCUCCUGCUCCAGCUCCAGCUCCAUCUUCAGCUCCAUCUUCAGCUCCUGCAUCAUCUUCAGUUGCUGUUCCAGAAGUCAGCAAAGCGACAAUAUUUAAUGGUCCAUCAAUUGAAGGCACGCCCGUAUUGAAGUUCUCCAUCUAUGACAAGUUGCCAGUGGGCGAUAAUUUCAAGGUGGGCGUCAGCGAUGUGAUUAACUUUGAGAAUCUGCCCGAUUCCACAGGCAAAUACGAGCAAAUGAAAGGCGUGCUCAAAAAUGUACGCCAGCGAAUGGAAAAGCUGCAAAAUGAUGACAACUAAGUUGAGAUUGCAAUCGAUUUCGACAUGCUUUUAAUUUGUAAAUACACAAAAAUACAUAACAGACUCGGUUUUUAUUAACACACAAGCA